AUCCAAAUAUGUUGUUUAUACGCAGCCUCGAUUUUUACAAGAAGCUAUUACGUUUAUUGGUGCUCAUGGUGAUGAUGCAACAGUUCGCAGCAGAGCCGGUGUCAAGAGAGAAGAGAACUCUGGGAUGGCUCCGUAAAGAUUGCAACAAUCCAAUCUAUUGGAAACACGCCAACACGGCGAUCGAGAAGUAUGUUCAGUUACACAACAUCAAGCACAAGUUCAAGGUGCAUAAGGUUGUCGGGGUGAAGCAGCUCCUGUCGAACCUCCUCACGACGAUAUCCUUCAUGGCGUGCUCAGACCUGAAGCCAGGCGUGUACGUAAACUGCGAAGUGAGCUUGUACGAGGGCGGCCCCUGUUGCAAUAACUGGAAAACCGUGUGCCCUAAUUUAUAUUAAACGUUAAUAUUUGAAUAAAUUGACGUGAGCAUGAAUAAAUCGUUGCUUUUUUUUAAAA